AUACAGCGCUCGGUAAACCCUCUGGUCACGCUGAGCAGAAGAAAAGAAAAUUUCCAGCGUCAUUUGUGCAUUGUAAAAUUGGUAAACAAUAAAAGCGCGUAAACAGGGCUAGAAAAAGCGGAAAAGGAGACUUGAAAACUAGAAUUCGACGCAGAUCGGUUGGAAAAACGGCCUCAAGAUUGGCAAGAUACGCAAGAGCAAGAAAAUGAGCUACAACGAGAAAUCGGAGGCCAUCAUCAAGGAGGAGUGGCUGCAGCGCCUGGAGCAGUUUCCCUUCAAGCAGGCGGAUAUGAAUCGCCUGAUUAUGAACUACUUGGUCACAGAGGGCUUCAAGGAGGCCGCCGAGAAGUUCCAGCACGAGGCGGAUCUUGAGCCCAGCGUAGAGCUGAGCAGCCUGGACGAGCGCAUACUCAUCCGCGAAGCCGUGCAGGCGGGCCGCAUCGAGGAGGCCACCCAGCUGGUGAACCAGCUGCAUCCGGAGCUGCUCGGCAGCGAUCGCUAUCUGUUCUUUCACCUGCAGCAGCUGCAACUCAUCGAGCUGAUCCGCGCCGGCAAGGUGGAGGAGGCCCUGGCCUUCGCCCAGAGCAAGCUGUCCGAGUCCGGCGAGGAGGCCAUGUUCGAGCUGGAGCGCACCCUGGCCCUGCUCGCCUUCGAGAAGCCACAGGAGAGCCCCUUCGCCGACCUGCUGGAGCAGUCGUACCGCCAGAAGAUUGCCAGCGAGCUGAACUCGGCCAUCCUGCGCUGCGAGCACAGCGAGGACUCCACACCUAAGAUGAUGUUCCUGCUCAAGCUGAUCUUGUGGGCCCAGUCCAAGCUAGACAGCCGCUCCAUCAGCUAUCCCAAGAUGAAGAACCUCGAGACGGCGCAUCUGGAGCCCAAGUAGACGGGCAGAGCAGAGCGUAAGUGCGGUCGGGUUCGCCCCCCCUUCGACUUCUUUUGCUAAUGCUAUUGCUAUUAUAUAUAUCUCUUUUUAAUAAGUAUGUAUGUAUGUAUGCUGGAUGUACGCAGUGAAUUAUUAAAUAAGUAGCCGGAAA